AUGAACGUAAUCCAAGUAUAUGCGCCAACAGCAGACAAAGAUGAUCAGGAAGUAGAAAUGUUUUAUGAACAAAUAAACGAAAUACUGAAACAAGUCAAAGCAAAAGAUGUAACAAUAAUAAUGGGUGACCUAAAUGCUAAAGUUGGUAAAGGAAAGACAAAUAAUCUAAUGGGAAACUUCGGUCUGGGGGAAAGGAACGACAGAGAAACAAGGGAAAGAGUGAAAAAUAAGAUAAAUGGGGCAUUGCAAACCUUGCAAUGCAUAGAAAAUAAUAAUGAAGAACAUAUUAACAACAACUGGCUCCAGUUUAAAACAGAAAUACUAAAAACAUGCAAGGAACAACUUAGUAAGAAAACAGAGGUAAGAAAGGAAUGGAUGACAACUGAAAUAUUAGGUCUCAUGGACGAGAGAAGAACAUACAAAAACAAAGAUCUACAAAAAUACCGAUAUCUACAAAGCAAGAUCAGAAGUAAAAUUAGGGAAGCCAAAGAAAACUGGCACAGGGAAAAGUGUGAGGAAAUCGAGAAAUUACAAAGUAAACAUGAUGGUUUCAAUGCGCACAAGAGAAUUAAAGAGUUAACCAACAAACGCAAUUACAAUAACAACUUGCUGGUGGAUGAAAAUGGAGAUAUUAUUAUGGACACAAAAGAAAAAUUGAAAGUAUGGAAAAACUAUGUAGAACAACUGUACGAAGAUCAGCGAGAUGAAGAAAGUAGUGAGUAUGUAUGUGAUGAUAUUGGACCAGAAAUAACGAAGGACGAAGUAGAACACAUCAUCAAGGAAAUGAAAACCGGGAAAGCUACGGGACUGGAUGAAAUACCAGCAGAAGUUCUUAAACUCAUUGACAAUCAUAACAUACAUCUUCUAACACAUCUCUUCAACAGUGUAUACAAAACUGGAAUUUUACCGAAAGAGUGGCUACAAUCAACAUUUAUAACUAUCCCCAAAAAGACCAACGCAAGACAGUGCUCGGACCAUCGUACCAUCAGCUUAAUGUGUCACAUACUUAAGGUGGCUUCCCACGACCCGAACGCGCCAGCUCACACCAACGCGCGCUUGAGGUGGCGCGAGGAGGUGCGACGGAUCCGCAGCGAGUCGGUAAAUUCAAAGGCGCGAACCGGCGCGGCGCGUUCAUGCCCGUGCAGACCUGUUGUUAUUGGGCAGCAGUCCAAGGGUCUCCGUCACCUCCUCUGCUGCGUUGAACAGAAAAGGUGCUACGUGAAUCACUUCGUAGCACUCUACGAGCCGCGGCAGUGGAUCUGCGCUGUUCGCUGCUCUACAGGUUAUCCGCAGAACGUGCCCAUCAUGCAGAGCUAA